AUGCCUAUCGCCAUCUCCCCCGGCACGGUCAAGGCCGCCGCAGAGUCGGGCCUCUCGUCCGUCGCCGAGAACAAGAAGCGCAAGAUCAUCUGCUUCUCAGACUUUGACGGCACCAUCUUCAUGCAGGACACCGGCCACAUCCUCUUCGAUCACCACGGCUGCGGCUCCAAGAAGCGCGAGAUACUCGACGAGCAGAUCAAGACGGGCGAGCGCUCCUUCCGCGACGUGUCGGAGGAGAUGUGGGGCUCCCUCAACGUCCCCUUUGACGACGGCUUCGAGGUCAUGGACAAGACGCUCGAGAUCGACCCGGACUUCCAGGAGUUCCACAAGUUCUGCGUCGACAACGACAUCCCCUUCAACGUCAUCUCGGCGGGCCUGAAGCCCAUCCUCCGCCGCGUGCUCGACACCUUCCUCGGCGAGGACGCCUCGUCGCACAUUGACAUCGUCGCCAACGACGCCGAGAUCACCGACGACGGCUCCGCCUGGAAGCCCGUCUGGCUCCACGACAACGAGCUCGGCCACGACAAGGCCCUCUCCAUGGGCGAGGCCCGCGAGCAGGCCGAGAUGGCGUGCGAGGACGGCACCAUCCCCCUCAUCGUCUUCAUCGGCGACGGCGUGUCCGACCUCCCCGCCGCCCGCCAGGCCGACGUGCUCUUCGCCCGCCGCGGCCUGCGCCUCGAGGAGUACUGCGUCGAGAACGGCAUCGCCUACACCCCCUUCGACACCUUCGCCGACAUCCAGAAGGAGAUCGCCCGCAUCCGCGCCGAGGACGACAGGAAGACGGGCGGCAAAGGCAUGCCCGUCGCCUUCAACCCGCGCGCCAAUAUGUGGCGCCGCGUCUCGAGCAAGAGCGCCAUCCCCCGCAUGGUCGCCAUCACCCCGGCCGAGGAGAAGAUGUUCCUCUGGCCCGACGUCUUCAGCGUCGCCUCCCCCAGCAUCGAGAAGGCCAACAUCGCCCCCGUCUUCGCUUAG